AUGACUACUCUAUAAAUUAAAAACCUUACUUUUAUAAAUAAUAUUAUGCAUGAAUAUAUUUAAGACAAUUUGAAGGUAUCAGCUUUAGUAUUUAACAUUGACUGCCAGCAAGCCUCUGUAAUUUUAAUAAAAUCUCAACUAUCUGGUAAUAUGGUAUUUAAUAGCACAAAUAGUUUAAUAAUGAUAAAAGGCAAGUCACUUAUAAUGAGUGAUUGUUAAUUUUUUAACAAUUCAAUUUUUGAUUAUUCAAUAAUCCAACCGCAUAUACUUUUAGGUUUUUCAGAUUAAGAUUAGAUUUAUUUAGAAGAUAUACAAAAAAUGUUUCAAAUUAAAUCAUCUUUUGAAAACGCUUAAUUCAUCAUGGAAGAAUUAAAAAUUAAAAAUUGCAAAUUUUAAAAUUCUUAAGGAUCUUAUGGAGGAGCAUUCCAAGUAAUUGCUUAAAACUAUUGCAACAUUUAAUUAAUUAACUUGAGUUUUAAAAAUGUAAUGACAGCAUUUUAAGAAGAAAACGAAUAAGGUGGGAGUCUUUUUAUUGAUUCAUCAGCAUCAUAAUCUUUAAAUCUAACUAUUAGAGAUUAUCAAUGCUGA